AUGGGCUUCCGGCCUAAUGGAUUCCUCCACGGAUCAUUGUGGCUUCAGGCGUAUGCCACCCUUGUUGGUGUCUGGAACCUCCUUGCAGUAACACACACCCUAAUUGUCUGGGGUCUGAUUACGCUACCAAAUGAGGCGAUCGAUCCUGCUCUUAUCCAAGGCCAAAAAAUCGCCGACGGCGAGAUAAACACCCUUAAAAUCGCCGUACCUGUCCUCUACGGAAUCCAGGCCAGCUCAUGGCUGUUCUCUCUGGUCUGUCUUGUCUACCUGCGUGUCGUCGCCUCCGGUGACGCAACCCAUGGAUUCGAGAUUCAGGACCCCAAGAGGGAAUCCGCGACCCACAGUCUGGAGGGCACUCAUUACAGCCGGGAGGGACAGAGGAGAAGCAAGCGGUCGAGUCCCAGUUUCAUGGGCUUUAGACAGUCUGGCGUUGCGCCCCUCGACUCACACUCCCGUGGAGCCGGCACAUCGGAACAGCGGCAGCAAAAGUACACACACAUGAAUCGACAGGGCGACCACGGCUAUGGCACGUACGAGAUGCAGGAGCCCGAGAAAUCAUGGGUCACGGGGGAGCGACGAUCCAGUCAGGACAGCAACAUCAUCAUCAUCCCCAAGGACAAGAGGAUAUCGCAGGUCGUGCUCACCUUCAGGGACGACACCAGCAAGGACUCUGACGCGACACUUACGAACCUGACCAAACCGGCGCCCGCAGUAACAAACGGGGGCGUUAUGGAGGCGAGGACAGUGUUCAUCACCAACCACCAUUAUGGAUUGGGCGACAUGCUGUUUGACCAACCAGGGGAAUCCCUAUCGGACAUGAUAUUCAAGGCUGUCCAACCGUCAGUGGACUUGAACCACAAGGAGAACUUCAAGGCGGGUCACACCAAAGAGACAACGACCAGGGUCAGUCAUGACUCUGAGCAAACCGACUCUGACACAAGGGCUGAAUCUCCGACCUUCUCGCCAAAGUCACCCACACUCUCAGCAACAACUACUUUGGAUGAGUUCAGAGUAACAGAGCAGGGGGGCGAGCAGGAAGGCGUUGUGACCGAACUGACGUUGACUCCUACAAGCGACAGUGGCAUCAACCUCUCGAAUGAGCUUGGAGAUGACCCAUACUCGCAGCCCAGUCAGAUUUCGUAUGAGGAGUGGAUCUCGCGCCAACAAGGAACUAGCUCCGCAGCAUCAUCCUUGAAAUACCCCAACCACGUCCCUUCAGUGCCAGAACGCCGAUCCUCCUUGACUCAACCGACACAACACUCGCCUUACUCUGUAGACGAGAAUAAUCUGAGCCACUACGAUCACCACGGUCAAUUUGUCUCGCCAGCAAUGCAGCCCAACACUCCUGACGCACAUCCCUACUUCGGCGACAUUUCUACCAGCACAACCUCCGACCCUUCCCAUGUACAGUCCACCACCCAUCCUACCCCUCCGCCACGUCCUAAACCCAGUCUUGCAUCCAUCCCACUUCAGUACUGGCGGAACCGCAACAACAGUAACAGCAACAAUCACACAGUUGAAUCUGGCCCAUCGAGUCCACCCUCAAGUAGCUCUUCGGUGCCGUUCAGUCUCGUCAGCACCUUUUCGAAAAUGAAGCGCCUGCCCCCAACACUACCAACAGCAGAUUCGCUUCCUCAACCACCACCUCUCAUUAUCCCCACAAUCGUCCUCCACCCAGACGAGGAAGAUGGCGAGCCCGCCCGAGUUCUUUCCGAGAUGGAUAUCGAAUACCUUUCGACCAUGCCUCCAGCCCCACUCCGGCCACUAAUUCCAUCUUGGGAAGAGGGCGAGGAGGACGAGUACUACGACCAGGAUAUCAAUGAAGGAUACGACUAUGAUGACUACCAUCAGGGAUAUGAGCAAGAAUAUGACGAGGAAGGGGAGGGCGAAGAAGAGAUUGGCCAGAUCAUGGAUGAGGAUGAUGAUAUGGGUGCUGGGAUGGAUAUGCAUGGCGGAAGUGUGAAGGAGGUGACCUGUAGUGGAGUUGUUGGGCGAUUGGAACAACCAGGAGCGAAUCCUGAGGUGGAGUACGACCCGUAUGCACUGGAUGUCCCAAUUCACCUUGAAAUCGACCUGCAAGGGUUGGAGCAAGGCGAUGUAACUGGGUACGGAUACAUCUGA